UGUGGAUACCAGAAGAACGUGAAACAAAAUGUCUCUUUUCGGUAUGAUGAGCGAUUUGGAGGAGGAUCCUAUUUUUGGCCAUCAUAUGCGUUCGAUGCGCCAGAUGAGCAGCAUGUUGAAUUCGCUGUUUUCCGACCCGUUCGGUGGAAUGAUGGGCGGUGGUGGAAUGGAAGCGAUUACCGGUGGCCCCGCAUUCGGAAUGCGUCACAACGCAAUGAUGCCGUUCAUGCCACCGACCAUGAACAGGCUGUUGAAUGUAGGGGGACCAGCCGACGGGGCCUCAUUCAGCAGCAGCAGCGUAAUCUCGAUGACAUCCGGACCGAACGGACCGCAAGUGUACCAAGCCACCUCUAGCACACGUACCGGACCGGGCGGCAUUAAGGAGACGCGCAAAACCGUACAAGAUAGCCGCACCGGCACAAAGAAGAUGGCAAUCGGACAUCACAUUGGCGAUCGGGCACACAUCAUCGAGCGGGAGCAGAACGUUUCCACUGGUGUGCAGGAGGAGCGCCAGGACUUUAUCAAUCUGGAUGACGAGGAGGCCGAAGAUUUCGAUCGCGAGUUCCAGACGAAGGCACGCAGCGUCAUGGGCAUGUCUGGUGGUGGCCGUGGGCGUCCGGCACAGUUGGCUCUACCAUCGACCCAGCCAACUCAAUCACAGCGCAUUCUGUCGAUUACCGAAGUGCCGGACAAUGGCUGUGAAUCGUGCGGUAACCCCAGCGAUACACCGCUCUGCACUGCCUGCAGCAAUAAUCAGGAUCACAGCAAUCAGGACAAUCUCGAACGCCAACGGCAACAGCAGCAGCAGCAACAGCAACCACAUCAUCAUCACCGUCAACAGCAACAGCAAACGAUAGUUUCAAAAUCAGCACGCAACAAUAGACACGGCCAGCCUUUGGUAAACGGUGGCCCGAUCUCGUCCCGACGAUCGAUCCGAUCGCCGGCUUCAUCGCCGUUGAGCAUGUCCGCUUCGCCGGUCAGUGGCAUGAAUCAUCAUAUUGCUACAAGCGUGCAUCCCCAUCCGUACAAUACGUCCGGCCGAAAAUCACGACCGUUGAAGGGACCUUCUUCCUCCUCCCAUAACCAGCACUACCAGUAAUGGCGUAAUAUAUAAUACCGUGGUUCGUUCACUA